AUGGACCAAGUUCCAGAGGGCCAGUCCUUCAUCCAUUUGACUCCGGAUGGCUCGUUCCGCCGCCUCUCCCCAUUUAAAUUGCAGAGGGAGAUGGACCUACUAAUCGGCCCGUGCGUAAACGCAAAAGUGAUCCGGUCAGGCAACAUAUUGAUCAGGGUUUUUAACAAGGACCAGGCUCGGCUCGCCCUGAGCAUCACCACCUUCUGUGGCACGGCCGUUACGGCCGCCCCGGCUACCCGCCUAAACACCGUGGCGGGCACUUGCUACUCCCCAGCACUCCAGUACAUCGAGGAGGCCGAGAUUCAGGCGGAGCUCCGCUCACAAGGAGUAGUAGAGGUGACGCGCCUCCGAUCUAAGGGGCCUAACCCAAACCCGCUGCUUAAGCUGAGGUUCCUUGGCCUCGAGUGUCCCCCUGCCGUGUACGCCGGCUACGAGGUCCUGACUGUGAGCCCGUGGGAGGUGAACCCGCGACUCUGCCGGCGCUGCGGACGUUACGGGCACCUCCAAUCGACCUGCCGUUCCAAAAAGGCAAACUGUCUCCGCUGUGCCACACUGGGACACAGUUCGGAUGAGUGCCAGAGUGAGGAGGUCCAGUGCGCCCACUGUGGCGGCCCUCAUCCCGCCUGGGAUAAGAAGUGCCCGGCGUGGCACUUCCACAAGGAGAAACUGAACCGGAAGUCGCCCUCCGCCCCUCCACCCCGCCCGGCCGGGCACUCUAUCCCGAGCGAGCGUCGAUACGCCGACGCCGUCCGGGGGACUAACCCCCGCUGCUCGGGACCUCAGGCUGGACCAGGGCAGCGCUCCGACCCGAAUCUGACCCCGCCGCUCAGUACGGCAGUGGAGCUCCCUCGUCCGUCGCACACAGAGUCGACGGAAACUGUCACGGCACCAGUCCCCCAGACUGUCCCCACCCUCGACGAGACGGACACGGUCACAGAGACUCCGAAGGGAGCAGCUCAGCCUCUGGCCGAGGUGCCAACUGAGACCCAGCCAGACCACGCUCCGCGGUCCCAGAGACCCCAGACGUUGCCAGCACGUCUGUUGACUCCGCAGAAUCUCUAG